AGGAUUACAUGAAUUUGUCAGGUGACCAGAGUUAACUUCUUUUCCGAGAAUUUUUGGACAAAGUGAAGGUGCAAAAGUGCAGCCAAAACAGCAACAGAGAGAAAAGAUACAGAAAUGGCAGAGGCGAAUUUUCACCUUGGUCUUCAAACCAUGAAAGUACCAAUGUCUUUACAUGCUGAAAACAGAAAAAGAUUGGUGACAGAGCUUCAAUCCAAAGCUGCAGGCUCUAUUGUCCUGAUCCAAGGUGGAGAGUCUGAGACAUUGCAUAGUACAGACAGAGAACGUCUGUUUCGACAAGAGUCAUAUUUUCACUGGUUGUUUGGUGUGAAAGAACCUGACUGUUAUGGUGCAAUAGACAUCAACACAGGAAAAUCUAUUUUGUUUGUUCCAAAGCUUCCAGAAUCGUAUCUUGUGUGGAUGGGAAAAAUACAUCCAUGUGAACAUUUUAAAGAAUUGUAUUCUGUCGAUGAAGUUCACUACACUCAUCAGAUAGCAUCAAAACUCGAAAAACUUAAACCAAAAUCACUGCUAACUUUGCACGGUCUAAAUACAGAUAGUGGAAAUCACACAAGAGAAGCUGCAUUUGAUGGAAUUAGUGAGUUUACAGUAAAUAAUGAAAUAUUAUUUCCCAUCAUCACAGAACUUCGUGUGAUAAAGACAGCAAAAGAAAUCGAUGUUAUAGAGUAUGCAAACAAAAUCAGUAGUGAAGCACAUAAAGAGAUCAUGACGCAUAUCAGGCCAGGAAUGAAAGAAUAUCAGUUGGAAAGUUUAUUUCAACACUAUGUAUAUGCAAGAGGUGGCUGCCGCCAUGUUUGUUAUACAUGCAUUGCUGCUAGUGGAGAUAACGCUUCUACAUUACAUUAUGGACAUGCUGGUGCUCCAAAUGAUAAAACCAUUGAUGAUGGCGAUAUGUGUUUAUUCGAUAUGGGUGGUGAAUAUUAUUGCUACACGUCAGAUAUAACUUGCUCAUUCCCCGCCAAUGGCGUGUUUACGGAACAACAAAAGGGUAUUUAUGAAGCUGUGUUGAAAUCAAACAGAGCAGUAAUGGAGGCUUGUAAGCCUGAUGUGAGUUGGGUUGAUAUGCAUUUGUUAGCUGAUCGCAUUCAGUUGGAAGAGUUGAAGAAACUUGGUAUUUUGCAGGGUGAUGUGGAAGAAAUGAUGAAAGUCAGGUUAGGUGCACUGUUCAUGCCACAUGGAUUGGGACACUUUCUUGGUUUAGACGUUCAUGAUGUUGGUGGUUACCUGGGAGUUGAACGCAAAAAAGAAGAUGGAUUGAAGAGUCUUCGUACAACUCGAAAUCUAAAAGAAAACAUGGUUUUAACUAUUGAACCUGGAAUUUACUUUAUUGAAGCUAUCAUCAGACAAGCUUUAAAUGAUCCUACGCGAGCAUGUUUCAUCGUGCAAGAAGCAGUGGAACAAUACUACGGAUUUGGCGGGGUUCGAAUUGAGGAUGAUAUCGUCAUCACUGAAACUGGUUGUAGAUUGUUAACUGAUGUUCCACGUACUGUUGAAGAAAUCGAGACGCAUAUGGCUGCAGGUCGAAAUGCGAAUGAAAAGGUUCUUUUAUAACGAGCUGACGUAUUCUUUUUAUGCCAUGUUGUCGAAAUCUUGUACUGUUACAGACACAAAAAAAACCAGCAACUUGAUCACAAUUAUAUCCUACAAUAUAAUUAAUAUUUUCCAAAUCAAAAUUUUCUAUAUUACGUUUUUACGAUGAUGCAAAAAAAGUAAGAUUAAUUUUGAACCGCGAAAAUUUUUCCCCCGAUAUGUGCCAAUUUUAAAUGGUCUCUAAGAAUUUUGCAGCUGCAAGACAAAAUGUAUUGAAAGCUAGUGGGUGGAAAUUUUUUCCCAAACACUUUUUUUCCUUAAAGCAUAUACUACAGACACAAAAAUUGAUUAUCAUACGAUAUAUUUUUUCGAAUCUAAAAUUUUAUGUAACGUGUUCUAGCAAAUUCACAACCUUGGUCCCAGGACCUGUUGUCUUUUUGCAUAUCGGACGGCGAGACGAACAUAAAUAAGCGCAGCGCCAAUGAGAGACAAAAAGGCCCUGGGAACGAAGACGUGGGAAUUCGUUUAUCAAAUAAGUUGAUGAAAUAGUUUUCUGGAAAUAUAAAAAAGCAGUAAUAUAUAUUACCAACAAAAGCUGUCUUUAAAUGUUUGAAUAUUACCUUGUCGUUGUUUUUGUUUUGAAAAAAAAUUACUAAGCAUUCGAGUGCAUAUCUCGUUCUCUUGGAUUUAUCGAAACAAAUUUUGUAUACUUUUUAGAAUUAUAAUAUAAAUUUAAUUGAGAAUGUACGUAAAGAGAAUUUUAGUUUUGAUUUUUUAGUUGGUGACGAAAAGUAAUUAGACAA